AAAAAAUUGUAACAUUUACCAUCUCUAAUCUUCAAUCUUUCUAUGUUUUAGCGGACAAGACGGACCACAUGAUGGGGGUCUCUGAGAUGAUGGUUGCUACCUGUGUGCAGGGCAUCAUCUUUUGUCUGUUUGCGGCUCAACCAGUACUUGUCAUUGGGUUUACUGGUCCACUGAUGGUGUUUGAAGAGGCGUUCUUUCAGUUCUGCAAGUCUAAUGGCUUUGAGUACAUUGUGGGCCGUGUCUGGGUGGGCAUGUGGUUGAUCAUCAUUGUGGUGGUGAUUGUUGCAGUGGAAGGGAGUUUCCUUGUCCGUUUCAUCUCACGCUUCACCCAAGAGAUCUUCUCCAUCCUGAUCUCUCUCAUUUUCAUCUAUGAGACCUUUGCCAAUCUUAUCGGGAUUUUCCAAGCGCAUCCUUUGAUUUUGAACUACGAUCACUUGAAUGCUUCUUUGGAAGACCCCUUCCACCCUAUCAAAAAGCUUAUCAACAUCACAGAGCAUCCUGAUGGCAAUGUUACUAAACAUCAUGAGAUAAUAGAGAGGGCCUAUCCCAACACUGCC